CGAAGGGAGGGAGGGCAGAGGUUUACUCGGUAUUUUAGUGGGGAAUAUCAACCCUUUCGCAAAUAUGUCUCUGUAGCGGGGAUGUUAGGGUGAGCUUUGAUUCGAGGCAAGCCCGAAGCGGUCCGCCUUAUGGUUGGAAGGCGCGCCUGGCAACCCGGCUCCCUGCCAUAGCAACGGGAAGGGAAACGUUUAGCAUCCAGGUGGUUGGAAUCUGGAAUGCACUCCCUGAACAAGUGGUGGAGACAGAUACUCUGGAAACAUUUAACAAGCAACUUGACAAAUUGUUGCAUCGCCAAGGCAUGAAAAUCUACAGACCUUGUAUGGGGAUGUCGGUGAGGAGCAUGCCGGUGAUUGCCAGAUUCUGCCGACUGGCUAACCGUGGCCGUGCCUUCCAUCACAGCUCUGGGCUUCAGGAGGCGUGUGCGGCACCCCAAACGGAGGCAGACACCAGGAGGCCCCCGCCUGUUUUCAGGACCAGUCAAACCGAUCCCGGGCUGCACACAGAGCAGCACGUGGGGCUGCAUUACACCCUCUCCCCGGGGGACCUGAGGACCACCUUCCCUCAUGGCUUCACUCGCCGCUUCCAGCAACAGAUCAAGACUUUCGGGGAGGCAUGCAUCAUGGUUCGGAGGCCAGGCCUGGAGCUGGUCGGUUAUUUAAAGGCUGCCAAUUAUUCACACCCAGUCAUUCGAUAUGUCAUCUAUGGCGAGAAGGGGUGUGGGAAAACGCUCACCCUGUGCAACGCGGUCCAGUACUGCGCUAAACAGAACUGGUUGAUCCUGUAUGUGCCAGACGCCUACUUGUGGGUCAAGCACUGCAAGGAGCUGAUGCCGUCAACUUACAACCAAGCUCGCUUUGACCAGCCCCUUGAAGCCUCCACCUGGCUGAAGAACUUCCGCAUCACCAACGAGCGAUUCCUGGCUGAGCUAAAAACCCGGCAAAAGUACACCUGGAGCAAGCGGGAGGCCACCGAGGAGGGGCGACCCUUGGGUGAAGUGGUGGACCAGGGUAUUGCACGAGUGAAGAAUGCCAGUGAUGUGGUGGGUGUCCUGUUCAAAGAGCUGAAGUCGCAGUGUUUACCUGACACGUAUCGGAUGCUGGUGGCAGUCGACGGGGUCAACGCUCUGUGGGGACCGACCACCAUGAAGAAGGAGGACAAGAGUCAGGUACUUCCCUCUGAGCUCACCCUGAUCCACAACUUGAGGAAGCUGCUCUCCAAUGACUGGGCUGGUGGAGCCAUGGUCACGACCCUGACCCAGACUGGAGCACUGGGUGCCUCUCAGCUGUCCUACCUGCCCCUCGAGCUGCUGAGAAAGGAUGGCUUUGAUGCCCUGGACCCGUUUGUUCCAAUUCAAGUGACGAAUUACACCCAGAAGGAGUUUGAGAGCUGCUACCAGUACUACAUUGACCGCAAGUGGAUUCAGCACGAGAAAGCUCUCUCAGAAGAAGGAAAGCAGGAGCUGAUCUUCCUUAGCAACUACAACCCAGGGACCUUUGACAGAAUCUGCAGCCCCCUCUGAAUACUCGUGCCUCCCUCCACACCGGCACUGCUCUCCCCAGCUGGAGGGAAGACAUUGAAAGGACACCCCGGGUCCACCGCACUUCGCUCCAUCAUCUCGUGGUGGUAAUCCUGCUGACGCACAUCCGUGUUUCAGCUUUUCAAAGUGAGUGCCUGUGUGCCUGACCACUGUGUCAGCCAUUGAUCUGUCUGAAGGUGAGAUUGGUUGGGGAAAUUCUGCAUCACGUCCUACAGGAACACCAUCGAGAACACAAUCCAAAUCAGGAAUAUAGAACUGAUACCUAAUCUGCUUACUCCAGCAGUCUGCAAUUCUGUGAGUGUACUUUGUGCUCAUUCUGUCUGUACUGAGCUGUGGAUAUUUUCAAAUAACAUGGAAAAACAAUUAAAGUAUGAUGU